CACACACACGCCAAAGCGCAGCCGGUUCAARCGAAAUUACCACUGACAACGAGCAACACAUAUCUUAUCGGAAACACACCAAUUAGAAAAGCCACAAAGCAACAAAUUAAUCACUAAACAUUUGAUUAAAUAUUUAUAAAGACCACAAGCAAUACAAUUGAAUUCUAGUAUUUUAACAGCUGCCAAGUAAGCGAAACCAAACGAAGUUUUUGAUAAAUUGUAAGAAUGGCUACUGUGACCUAUGAAGAAGUCAAAGAUGUGCCCAAUCAGCCGAACACUUUCGUGAUUGACGUGAGAAACAAGGACGAGUUGGCCAGAACUGGCGUGAUACCAGGAGCAAUUAGCGUACCAAUGCCGGAUCUGGAAGCCGCUUUCCAAAUGUCUGAAAUUGAUUUCAAAACGGCAUUUAAUCGUGACAAGCCGAGCACGGAGACAGUUUUGAUAUUCUCUUGUCARGCUGGUGGACGCGCUAAGCGAGCUUACGACUUGGCGCUGGCAAAUGGUUACAAAAACGCGAAAUACUAUCCCGGCUCUUGGACUGAGUGGGCUGAAAAGGAGGGUUUAAAUAAGGCUUAAGUGGGCGCAAACGCAAAUAACAAAAUUCAAAUGACAGUUGAAUAUAAUAUGCUUAGAACGCGUAUGUAAAAGAGAAAGUAGCAAAAAAGUUGAAAAAGUUAAAACAUAUCAAAUAUGCUUAGUAGUGACAUAUAAUAAUCAUUGCGUUGCUGCACUAUUGCAUGCUUACAAUCAAAAGCUAAUCAAAGCUAUAAUCGCUAUCUAUUGCAUUUAAAAGUAGUACGAGUAGCAUACAAUUACUGUAGUGAGUUUAUUGAAUAAAUUACAAGUAUAUAAAUAA